AUGACGACCCAUGUCAAUAAUGUUUCCAAAUCUGCAUUCUUUGCACUAAGAAACGUUGGUAAGAUCCGAAGAUAUAUUAACCAGAACGACUGCGAAAAAUUGGUACAUGCUUUCAUCACAUCAAAGCUUGAUUCCUGUAAUAGUAUUCUGUUUGAGCUACCAGCUGUAGAAAUUGACAAACUACAACGAGUACAGAACGCUGCUGCAAGACUUGUAGUCGGAGGAAAAAAAUAUGAUCACGUCACCCCGAUAUUGAAACAGCUUCAUUGGCUGCCUAUAAGGGCCAGAAUAGAUUUUAAGAUUCUGCUUAUUACUUACAAGGCCCUUAAAGAACUUUUAGAUAUUUAUAGGCCUAAGCGUACUUUGAGAUCGACAUCACAGAAUUUAUUAGUUGUUUCGAAAUCCAAGACUAAGACGUAUGGUGAGAGAACAUUCCAAGUCAGUGCUCCUAAGCUAUGGAACUCUCUACCUUAUUACAUUUGUCUCUCAAGUUCAUUAGGUAUUUUUAAAGGCUUAGUCAAGACACAUCUUUUUAGGAAAUACUUUGACUAGAUAGCACGUUUUUAUAUAUUUCAGUAAUUGCAUACAUGUAAUAUAGUAUAAAUUAUGAGACCCGAUCCUUGUAAGAGCAUCGAGACUUUGUAGGAUGCUCCUAAAACUGUAUUAUUAUUAUUAUUAUUAUUAUUAUUAUUAUUAUUAUUAUUAUUAUUAUUAUUAUUAUUAUUAUUAUUAUUAUUAUUAUUAUUAUUAUUAUUAUUAUUAUUACCUUCGCGAGGUUGUAGUGGAGCAGCACUGAUUUAAAACGACGAAUGGUUCCAUGGUCCUAAAUUCCUGGGGCCGGUUGUAUAAAACUCUUAAUCACUUUUUUAAUCACUAUUUUGUAGUUAAAUAGUGAUUAAGUUUCAAAUAAGCGCUUCUUAUUGAAUGACAUUUCCACUUAAUUAUGAUUAAAUUUAAUCACUUUUUUAUACAACCGGACCAAGAAGUUAUCAGAAGAAAACUGGCCGAAACCUUCUCGAAGUUAUCAGAAGAAAACUGGCCGAAACCUGCUCGAAGUUAUCAGAAGAAAACUGGCCGAAAUCUCCUCGAGCAGAAAGUGAAAUCGCAUUAUCGGAAACGGUGAAAUCAGACAACAAGUCAACAACUCAUUCCCUUACAGUCUUAGAGAAGAAACAUAACACAGUUAAUGUCGGAAGGGUGGUGGAUUGUCAUCGAUAUAGUUCGAACACACGAUUAUUACGACUGACGGCUUACGUAUUUAAGUUCGUAAGGAGGAUUAAAGGACAAACCGUAGAUAAAACGUUAGAACUAUCAGCAGAUCGACGAACUGAUCGAAGCCGAACAGAUGUGGAUAAAGGAUAUUCAGAACAGUAUGUUUCCCGAAGAAGUGAACAAUUAAUUAAUCGUACGAAAAUUUCCAGCUCGAGGCUUGAUCAACUACGCUUAUUUCUGGACGACAAAGGGAUGAUAAGCUGUGAAGGACGAAUUGAACAUUCUUCUGUUUAUUCUGAACUUUCUUUUCUUCUGAAGAAACCU